AUGGGGUUUAUUACUUCGCUACUGUGCUGUUCUCCAUCUGUAUCGCAGUCAGGAUCAUCGAGCAAGCCCACAGAAAAACGAGGAGCGCAGAAACGGCAGUUGUCGCCGCAGAAAUCGCAGAUUCACGCAUCGCUUUCGAAAUCAACCCGUCAAUUACCAGCCAGUGCAGAGGUUUCUCGAGAUAAUAUACGAGGCCCAAGAAACGCAGGGUAUUCAGGAUUGGGUUCUGGUUCAGGCUCUGCAACAGGAAUGUCAGGAUUGCCCGAUUCCCAUGUGUCGGGUAGUACGACAAUAACCACCAAGACCGCCCCGGAAACCGGUGCGGCGCACAAACCGCCUCUGGCGCUCAGUAAGGUACAGAGAGAAGACGAUCUGGACGAGGACGAAGGCCAUACCAAAGAGGAUAAACAAAUGGUCUCGGUGUACAAUGGCGAAACAGAGUCAAGCACGGGCACCGCUGACGAGCACAACGCUCCACCAGCAAAUCUGCCGCAGCAGUCUGUUCUGCUGCCAAAUGGCAGUAUCCCGACCGAAGAAACUGCGAUAUUGGUAACAAAUGAGGCAGACAAGGCUAGUAGCAAUGAAGAGUCAGGCGGCGAAUUGCUACCAGCGCCAUCGUACGAGUAUGACCCGGAUCAGGACGAACCUGAGGAAAUCGUUGAUCUCACGAUGCUGCAGCAAGAUCAAGCUCACGCCCCUGGCUAUAGCACCCUACUAUCUCCCCGAACGCCUGAGUUCGAGGGCAAAAAGUGUUUGGUGCUUGACUUGGAUGAAACGCUGGUUCAUUCGUCCUUCAAAUUUCUGCGCAGUGCAGAUUUUGUGAUUCCAGUUGACAUUGACAAUCAAGUUCACAAUGUUUACGUUAUCAAAAGACCUGGCGUUGAUGAGUUUUUAAAACUUGUUGGCCAGCUCUAUGAAGUUGUUGUUUUCACUGCAAGUGUCUCCCGCUACGGUGAUCCAUUGCUAGACGUGCUAGACCAAAAUCAUUGCAUACAUCACCGACUGUUCAGAGACUCGUGCUACAGCUAUGACGGAAAUUAUAUCAAAAACCUGUCUCAAAUUGGAAGACCCUUGAGCGAUCUGAUAAUUCUCGACAAUUCGCCAGCUUCGUACAUCUUCCAUCCGCAACACGCAAUCCCAAUCUCAUCUUGGUUCUCAGACAUACAUGAUAAUGAAUUGCUGGACAUCAUGCCUCUGCUAGAAGAUCUUGCUAAGAAGAUUGUACCGGACGUCAGUAGGAUUCUGGAUGUUACCAUAUGA